AUGUCUACUCACCUAAAACCCUUCGCACCUUCUCAUAAACCUCUUCCAGCUCUUCCAACGGAAAAUGGAGAUUCACAGGAGAUUAAAAAAAAGGCAAAACUAAAUUCGGCUAACCUUCCUCCAAUACCACAAUCUAACGACCUAUUGUUAGAUAGUCGUUCUCUUGGACACAUUCGAAAACUUUUAAGGCAAACAUUAAAUAAUUGCAAUUUAUCUAUCGAUCCUUGGGAAUCAGUAAUUCUGGGAAUUAUACUUGAUAUUUCUGGAAUUGUAACUAGAGUUGUCGAUGGUUUACCACAAAGUCCGACUUCUUCCGUCAAUCCUGCUACCGAAAAAACUGUAUUAGGAUUAAAUUCCGGAUCAGAUUAUAAUUACAAACCUCUUGAAAAAUUCGUUAUCAAUAUAAAAAAGGAUGAUAGUGGCAAACCAACAGAUUCGCGGUUUAUUUUUAAUCAUUAUGAAGGCACACCUUUAUUUAAACAUGAAUUAGACGAAGGGCUGGAUCCUUCAAAAGAGCAACAAAAACGAUGGAUAGGUGGUACCAUCGUUCUUAAAGGCGCUAAGAGGAACUGGGUAGACAAAAUAAUUGAACUUAUGGUUUUCGUUGUGUGUAAUCUAAAAUUGGAAAUGUGUUUGUAUCGGGAUCAUUCUAUUGCCCGCGAUGAAGUUGAAGAUAUCCAGGAUGCUGAAGAGGUUAAAAACACAAUACGAACCUCUAGACGUCGUUCAAAAUCAUCAUUAUUGGGAUGGUUAAUGAAACAUACCAAUUUGCAAAAUACUAAAGAGCAAAUGAUUAAAUCCUAUGAAAAACGCGAGAAGCGUGAAAAGUAUGAGAAACAUGAGAAACAAGGAUCAUCUCUAGUUAGGUGGUCUACAAUAAGCAGGUCUUCAUCGUUUACCAAGGAUUCCAAUCUUUCUAUUAUUGACUAUGAUGAUGAUACAAUAAUGUUAACAACACACAAUUUUGCUAAAGUAAUCUCUCAAAUGGAAACAUCUAUUUUGUCUGUAUCUCCUGGAGUAAAAUUUCCACCUCCUCAUUUGUUGAUGAGAUUAGAGGAGGAAGAGACUGACAGUCGUUCGAAUAACGAGACUAAUAUAAGCAUAAAUUUUAAUAACGUUUGGGAUUCUAUUGAAAAAUAUCGGACUUAUGCACCAUUAUUCAGGUCUGGACAGGUAUCUCUAGACUUCAAAACUGGUCUUUCCUACUUGAUGACUAAGAAUAGCAAUACACUUAGAGGCGUAUUUAAACAUCAGUCAAUAUCGUGCUCAUAUGCCAGGUUUUGGUCACCAGAUUCACCUGUCCUGUGCCACAAUCAUGAGAUUAUUACAAUGGACUAUUAUAAUAAGAUUAAUUCUAACAUCGAUAAAUCUCUUGGUGAAAUUAUUGAUGAGAUUUGUGACAAAGCUUAUGAGACAUGUGAAUAUAAAACAUGUGAACACCGAGGAAUUGACCAUAAAUCCACAUAUACACAUAAUGAUGGAAGAAUAAGUCUUGUCGUUGAAGAAUCGCCAGAUCCUAAAUUGAAAGCCUUCACUAAUCAAAUUUUUAUGUGGACUCAAUGCAAGCUAUGUUCUGAAAAAUCCUCUGUAUUUAUUAUGUCGCGAUCAACAUACUUCUAUUCCUUUGCCAAAUAUCUCGAAUUAUUAUAUUAUAAUGAAGAUUUCACCUGCAAAAAUUUAUGUCCACACGUUGAAUUGCGUUAUCCAUUGCUUAGGUGUUUUCGUAGAGGGAAGUUUGUUGUAAAAGUAGAAUAUGAGCAUGUAGACCUUUUUGAAAUGCGAUUGCCAAAAUUUCAAAUAUCUCUGGAUAAGCAAGCUGCAUCUUCGAUAAAAGAAGUCAAUCAACUUUUUGCAAUUGAUGAUGAAGAUGCAAAAAGGCUGCAUAAUGAAACGAGAUUGGAGAUUACCUAUUUUUAUCUUUCAAUAAAACGGCAUAUUACUUUACUGGAAGAACGUCUUCGAUCUUUGCAUGUUGAACAGACCAAUGGCAAUAUUGAAGCCUCCAUGUCCGAAAAAACUAUUCAUGCAAUUCAAACAUUAGAUGAGCUUACAAGGAGUUUUUAUGAUGAUGAAUUCAAACUCUAUGAUCUACUGAAAAAAACAAAUGCAACAAUUCUAAAUAAUGUCCGACGAAGUCUAGUUGAUCAGAUUAAGAAUACAAAAAAGCGAUUGUUGCAAUGGCAAAAGGAAAAUCUUGUCGAGUCAGAUCUAGCAAAAUUCAGUGAAAUUGAUUCUCAAGGAUACUUAAAUGAAUUAUCAAAGUUGCGUGCUGAUAGCAAACGAUUAUCAUCGCAAUCAGCCCCUGUAACACCUGUUUCGGAGUAUCAUGCACCAGCACCAUCAGCAUCCUUUUCCUUAUUACUUAAUUCAUUAAAGAAUCCUUCAUCAACAAAUGUCUCAACAAAAAACAGUAUUUCAAAUGAGUCUGAUGUAGAUGAAAAUGUCAAAGAUGUCGAAAAUGAAAAACAAGCUAUUAAUGAAAAACAGGAACAUGAUACGGUAAAAGAGGUAAAAAUUGCGAAACCCGAGAUUAGUGUUACCGACUCUCCAGAUGAGUUUAGUGGAAAGGAAUACACAAGGAUUAGAGAUGAUAGAUCCGCUCCUCUUUCAUGGAACAGAAAAAAUCAAAAAGAACAAGAUAGCCCACAUAUAAAACAUAUGUACUUUGCAGAACAGUUCGACUAUUUACGACGUAGAUGUGGAAUCGAGGAUAUUUAUGUGGAUUCAUUGUCUAGAUGUUCUUCAUGGAAAGUAAGCGGAGGUAAAAGUUCUAGCACAUUUUUUAAAACACAAGCAAAAAUAUUUGGAUUUUAUAGCAUAAAAAUUAAAGACCUUAAAAAGAAUAAUCUUAUAAUGAAAAUGGAUGUUCUUGUAAUGGAACAAUUAUUCUUUGAAAAAGCCAUAACAAGAAAAUUUGACUUGAAAGGGAUACAAGAACGUCAUACAAAAGAACAGCUAGAGGACGCUACAUUAUGGGAUGGGGAUUGGGUAGAUGGUCGGUAUAAAUCAAAAUUUUUGACAUAUUCUUAUGGCAAAAAACUUCUUAGAGAGGCUAUAGCCAAUGAUACACAAUUCUUGUGUGAGGCAAAUAUUAUGGAUUAUUCAUUACUCCUUGGAAUUGAUGAUACAAAGAAGGAAAUGAUUGCAGGAAUAGUUGAUUUUAUUGGAGAAUAUACUUUGUAUAAAAAGAUUGAAUCCCGUGGAAAAACGCUUGGCCGUAACGCAAAAGAAGUUACGGUAAUACCACCAGAUCAAUAUAAAGAUAGAUUCCGAGAUUCAAUAGAACAAUAUUUUUUUGCGAUACCAGACAAAUGGACAAGAACAUACGGUGAUAAUCCACAAUCAUCGGCUGCGGAUGAAAUGUCUCAAAUGUCUCCCAUAGGAUGCACACCCCCUUCAUCACCAAUUUCAUAUGCACAAAACUCUAUUUCAAUGAAAUUACCAAGUGUAUUAUAA